AUGAGGAGGAGAGGCUCCGAUUUCCGGCGGUCCGGGCGGCGGAAGAUCUCAAAUGUGGUGUGGUGGGUGCUCUGUGGGAUAGUGGUGAUGCUCUUCAUUCUCAUUCUCAGUAAGGCUGGUCAGAUUGAGCCCAGACCCUCCAUUCCCAAGCGACGUUACCGUCAUGAGAAAUUUGUUGAGGGUAUGAACAUGACUGAAGAAAUGCUGAGCCCAACCUCCGUUGCUCGCCAAGUUAACGACCAGAUUGCUCUUGCCAAAGCCUUUGUUGUCAUUGCCAAAGAAAGUAAAAACCUUCAAUUUGCUUGGGACCUUAGUGCUCAGAUCCGUAACUCACAGCUGCUUCUCUCCACUGCUGCCACUCGCAGAAACCCUUUGACCGUGCUUGAGUCUGAGACUACUAUCCGUGACAUGGCUGUUUUGCUUUACCAAGCCCAGCAGCUUCACUACGACAGUGCCACCAUGAUCAUGAGGUUGAAGGCCACUAUUCAGUCCCUCCAAGAACAGAUGAGUUCCCUCACCGAAAAGAGUUCCAAGUAUGGACAGAUUGCUGCCGAGGAAGUCCCCAAGAGUCUUUACUGUCUUGGAGUUCGUCUCGCUACCGAAUGGUUUCAGAACUCAGAUUUACAGAGAAAGCUCGAGGAGAGAAGCCAUGUGGGCUCAAAACUCACAGAUAAUAGUCUCUACCAUUUCUGUGUCUUCUCUGAUAACAUCAUUGCUACUUCGGUUGUGGUCAAUUCGACUGCUCUCAACUCCAAGGCCCCUGAGAAAGUCGUGUUUCAUCUUGUGACUAAUGAGAUCAACUAUGCUGCAAUGAAGGCCUGGUUCGCCAUGAACAUGGACAACCUCAGAGGAGUCACUGUGGAGGUUCAGAAGUUUGAGGAUUUCAAAUGGCUCAAUGCUUCCUAUGUUCCAGUCCUCAAGCAGCUGCAAGACUCUGAUACGCAAAGCUACUAUUUCUCUGGACACAACGACGAUGGCCGAACACCAAUCAAGUUCAGAAACCCAAAGUAUCUCUCGAUGCUCAACCAUCUCAGGUUUUACAUCCCUGAAGUGUUUCCUGCGCUGAAGAAGAUGGUCUUUCUUGAUGAUGACGUUGUAGUCCAGAAGGACCUUUCUGCUCUCUUUUCAAUCGAUUUAAACAGAAAUGUGAACGGGGCUGUUGAGACAUGCAUGGAGACGUUCCACCGCUAUCACAAGUACUUGAACUAUUCACAUCCUCUGAUUCGCUCCCACUUUGAUCCAGAUGCGUGUGGGUGGGCGUUUGGGAUGAACGUAUUUGAUUUAGUUGAAUGGAGGAAGAGAAAUGUGACCGGCAUAUACCACUACUGGCAAGAAAAGAACGUGGACCGGACCUUAUGGAAGCUAGGGACACUGCCUCCAGGACUUCUGACAUUUUAUGGGUUAACAGAGGCGCUAGAGGCAUCAUGGCAUAUCCUGGGAUUGGGAUACACCAAUGUGGAUGCUCGUGUGAUAGAGAAAGGAGCUGUUCUGCACUUCAAUGGAAACUUAAAGCCGUGGUUGAAGAUCGGGAUAGAAAAGUACAAACCUUUGUGGGAGAAAUACGUUGAUUACAGUCACCCUUUUAUGCAACAGUGCAAUUUUCAUUGA